AUGAAAGGAGACGAGGCUGCGGGGAAAUUGGUCCCAGCGCGACCGGACGACGGCGGCGCUCCAGCCACAGAGCAAGGCUGCCUCUGCACACGGCCCUCCUCACGCUGGGCCUGGAGGGAGGAGGAGGAGGUGGAGGAGGAGGUGGAGGAGGAGGAGGAGGUGGUGGAGGGAGGAGGAGGAGGUGGAGGAGGAGGUGGAGGGAGGAGGAGGAGGAGGGAGGAGGAGGAGGAGGAGGAGGUGGAGGUGGAGGGAGGAGGAGGUGGAGGGAGGAGGAGGUGGAGGGAGGAGGAGGAGGAGGAGGAGGAGGUGGAGGAGGAGGAGGAGGUGGUGGAGGGAGGAGGAGGAGGUGGAGGAGGAGGUGGAGGGAGGAGGAGGGAGGAGGAGGAGGAGGUGGAGGUGGAGGGAGGAGGAGGUGGAGGGAGGAGGAGGAGGAGGAGGUGGAGGUGGAGGGAGGAGGAGGUGGAGGUGGAGGGGGAGGAGUGGAGGGGAGGGAGGAGGAGGUGGAGGGAGGAGGAGGAGGAGGAGGAGGAGGGGGUGGAGGAGGAGGAGGAGGUGGUGGGAGGGAGGAGGAGGAGGUGGAGGAGGAGGUGGAGGGAGGAGGAGGAGGAGGGAGGAGGAGGAGGAGGAGGAGGUGGAGGUGGAGGGAGGAGGAGGUGGAGGGAGGAGGAGGGAGGAGGGAGGAGGAGGAGGUGGAGGUGGAGGGAGGGAGGAGGUGGAGGUGGAGGGAGGUGGAGGGAGGAGGGAGGAGGAGGUGGAGGUGGAGGAGGAGGAGGAGGAGGUGGAGGUGGAGGGAGGAGGAGGAGGUGGAGGGAGGAGGAGAAGGAGGUGGAGGAGGAGGAGGUGGAGGAGGAGGAGGUGGAGGAGGAGGUGGAGGGAGGAGGAGGAGGAGGAGGUGGAGGGAGGAGGAGGAGGAGGAGGUGGAGGGAGGAGGAGAAGGAGGUGGAGGAGGAGGCGGAGGAGGAGGGGUGGAGGGAGGAGGGGGAGGAGGAGGAGGUGGAGGGAGGAGGAGAAGGAGGUGGAGGAGGAGGAGGAGGUGGAGGGAGGAGGAGGAGGAGGAGGUGGAGGAGGAGGAGGAGGAGGUGGAGGUGGAGGGAGGAGGAGGAGGAGGAGGAGGAGGGAGGAGGAAGAGGAGGAGGAGGUGGAGGUGGAGGGAGGAGGAGGAGGAGGAGGAGGAGGAGGUGGAGGGAGGUGGAGGGAGGAGGAGAGGAGGAGGAGGAGGAGGUGGAGGGAGGUGGAGGAGGAGGUGGAGGGAGGUGGAGGAGGAGGAGGUGGAGGAGGACGGCGAGAAAAACUGACCUUCUGCUCAUGGAGCCUGUAAUAUUUCAUCGCACACACUCCUCUCGCAGCAGCGCAGAGGUCACAGCGCAGAGGAACGAGGUUUUUGUCGGUGAGCGAUCGAUCGGCGGUGGCGUCCUGUCGAUAUCUCGCCGCUCUCGGCUCAUUAGCGCCGCCGCUGGCUGUCCGGCGCCGUCAAAGGCAGAGCGCCGCACAGACUUAGGCGGCCCGGAGAAGGUCCUCACGCUCAGCACCUCGGCCCCGGGCCCCUGCAAAGUGGGCGGGGCCUCGCGCUGGUCCAAGAUCAAGAUCGUGACCAAGCAGGCGGGCGACGAGUGCAUCACGGCCAUCGAGAUCGUGCCUCCGGUCCAGGGCGCCGAGGGCCACUCCAUCCCCAUCAGCCGCCCCAGGACCGUGGCUCGCAAGUUCGCCAGCAUCGCCCGCAGUCAGAUGAAGAGGAAGAGGCAGAUGGCGGCGCGGGAGAAGAAGGUGACCAAGACCAUCUUCGCCAUCCUGCUGACCUUCAUCAUCACCUGGACUCCCUACAACGUCAUGGUCCUGAUCUCCACCUUCUGCCAGUCCUGCGUCCCGGACACGGUGUGGGCCAUCGGCUACUGGCUCUGCUACGUCAACUCCACCAUCAACCCCGCCUGCUACGCCCUCUGCAACGCCACCUUCAAGAAGACUUUCCGAAACCUGCUGCUCUGCCAGUACAAGAACAUCGGCACCAGAUGA